CAUGCAGCAAAAAAAUAAAAAACAACCAACCAAACAAACGCAGGUUGUUCUGAAUUGGUUGUACUUUAUUGUUUUUAUCGGAAAAAGUCACGAAAAUCCACUAUUUCGGUCACCGGAUUACACUCACCCCUUUUUCCCGGCAGACCCCCGGAGAAGCCGCACCUCACCGACUGUCGGGAACCAGCCGUAUUAGCACUGUCGAGGCCGAGACCAACAAAGCUAUGCCUGUUUAGGGCGCUUGAGACUGCCACAGAACAGCAGGAAAACCCCGUUCCCGGUUGCGGAAUAAGCGACGGCGCUGUCUGCGGGGUCGCUGUAUUGCCACGGUGCACAUUAUUUGCCAAGCAGCCCAAUUUCCUGCGGGAGCUUCCAUCGUCGUCGUUCCGUUUUGUACGGUUGCACGGUACGGGUGGAUCCCUUAUUUUUUCGUCCGGAAACAUCCCAUCGAACCUUACCAGGGGCUGUGGUUCUGUUCGUUAGCGUUAGUUUGUGUGCCUUCUUUGGUUUUUUUCUUUUCCCCCUUUUCUUUUCUUCAAAAUUGUCGGAAAGCUGGAUUAUUCAAUAGUCUUCGAAGCGAUGGCUGACCGACUAACUCAGCUACAGGACACGGUGAAUCAACAAGCGGAACACUUUUGUAACAGCAUCGGUAUCCUACAGCAGUGCUCGAUUCCGAGCAAGUUUGCCGGUUUUGAGCGUACCGGAUCCCAAACGCCUCAGCAACAAGUGCAACAGCAACAGGAAGACUACCCGCAGCUAUUCUCCACCCUGAUCUCCCGAUGCGCGAAAGACAUCGACACCCUUAUCGAAUCUCUGCCCAGCGAGGAAAGUUCGAUCGAGCUGCAGGUCCAAUCGCUGCAGCGACUGGAAGCCGAAAACAAAGAAUCGGCCGAGAAGCUGGAAGAAAUCGUGCGCAAGGGCGAGCUGUUGCUGGAGAAAAUUCAAGCCGCGCUCAGUGAUAUAGCCCAGUCCCAACUGGAUAUGCAGUAUUCGUCGUGAAAACACUCCUUGCCAGCGGUACUAAGUUGGGUGAUGUUUACAGCUGAAAGGAGAACUAUACUUUCCAAGACGAAGCGCGCAAAGGAUUUGAGCUUUGCGAUGCGACGUGAUGCAGUUCAAUCAAAAUGCGGCACCAGAUGGGUAGAACGAAACGGCAAAGGAAACGCCCGAACGAUGUGUAACACUCUCAAUCAAAACAGCCGCAACCAAAAAGAUUGGGAAAACGAUAUUUGUACACCGUCUUUUUGUGUGUCUCUUUUCUUUUUAAAUCCCAUACCCUUGUAGCAUAUUAAGAAAGCAAAUAAAGUAUCAUUGAUUUACGAAGAAAGGA